AUGGUUGCACUUAUCCACGUCCAGCAGCUCGGGGAAGCCGCGUUCGCGACGAGUAGUCAAAAUGGAUUAUCCGUGGAAACGAUCCUGGAAUCUGCCACCAUUCGGAAGGCUGCCUUUGAUGUCCGCAAUGAGGAGCACGAGAUCGAAGCGGCUAUCAACCAAUGGAACGACGAUGUUCUUGACGAGCACUUUAACAGAAGCGACGACGGUGACGAGCUUGACUUCGAUGUUGAGGAUGUGGACGAAGAUGACGACUUCGACCCUUAUCCCGACACUGCUCGCGAUUGUGAGGGCUAG